AUGCCAACAGGUAACAAAAAGCUCGCUGAUUUGAAUCCUUGUCCUCUCAAGGCUUGCUGCAAUAUUUGGGGACAGUGUGGAACGACCAGGGACUAUUGCACCAUCUCCAAAUCGACUACGGUUAACCCAGGUAUGUCUAAGCCUAGAGAAAACGGUUGCAUCUCCAACUGUGGCAUGAGAAUCGUCAACAACGAAAAGGCUCCAGACUCCUUCAAGAAGAUCGCGUAUUACGAAUCAUGGAACCAAGACCGACCAUGUAUGCACAUGGACGUACGGACCAUCACCUCUGCAUUCACGAGCGGAUGGACACACGUGCACUUUACCUUCGCCAACAUCACUAGCGACUACAAGGUGAGUGUAAAGGAUACAUAUGGCCAGUUCAAGAACUUCAAAGGCUUGAAAGGCAUAAAGAGAAUCAUUGCCUUUGGUGGAUGGUCCUUUUCUGUUGGUGUGGAUACAUAUACGAUUUUGCGCGAGGCAGUCAAACCUGUCAAUCGUGAGGCCUUUGCCAACGAAGUUGUUCGUUUCGUCAAGGAUCACGACCUCGACGGUGUCGACUUUGACUGGGAGUAUCCAGGUGCAAACUACGCAUUUCUAACCUUUCAUCCACAGGCCCCCGACCUCCCCGACAUCCCGAAAGGUAGCUUAGAUGAGCCUGCAAACUACCUCAAGUUUCUGCAGCUUGUCAAGAGUAAGCUCCCGUCCGACAAGUCCCUCUCCAUAGCCGCACCGGCUUCCUUCUGGUACCAUAAGCAAUUUCGAAUUGCUGCCAUAUCCAGAACAGUCGAUUACAUCGUAUACAUGACCUACGACCUCCAUGGACAAUGGGACUACGAAAGUCCCUGA